AUGGAUGAUACCUGGGAUAUACCCGAGAAUGGUCAAACAGACGUUGAUGAGCAGGUCGGCGCCACAUCCACGCUCGAGGAAGACCCCGAGCGGAGGCAGGAAGAUGGCAAAGACGAUUUUGCAGACGUCUCUGGAUUGGGGCCAUUGUGA